GAGCCCUCCACACACACUGCCGCCGACCGCUCGUAGCACGGGGGCAUAUCCCAGCCCUGCAUACUUGUCCUCUUUACUGCCCGCUGUGCCGCCCAUGGCGCUGCGAAGCCCGCGCGUACGAUAACCCCAGCCCAGCACCACACAACACCAUAAGACGGCGACGGCUGCUCGCACCGCCCAUCGCCCCGGAUGCGCGACUCGCUCGAACUGGCCUCGCUGGCCUCGUCGUCGCACGCGUCGCAGCGCACCUCGAUCGAGUCGUCCAGCGCCGGAGCGCGCUCCUCGCAGAGGCUGUCGUUUGACGACGAAGACCCCCUCUCCGAGCUCAAUCCCGCGGGCGACAACCGUCCGCGCCACAACCGCUCCUACAGCGUCUCGUCGGCCUUCGACUUCGCACCGAACCUCUUCCCGCUCUCCAGCACAGCCCAAGGCUACACCGCGCUCGGCGCGCCCUCCAAUCCAGCGCUGGACCCGUCCAACGCGCUCAACGGCGGCUCGUUGGAGAAGAACAAAACCUUGACCUACCUCAACGGUCUGUCGCUCGUCAUUGGGCUGAUCAUAGGGAGCGGCAUCUUCUCGUCGCCGUCGCAAGUGAAUAGAAACGCGGGGAGCCCGGGCGCGUCACUGCUGGUGUGGGUCGUAGCGGGAGUGUUGGCCUGGACGGGCGCGGCGAGCUAUGCGGAGCUGGGAGGCGCGAUACCCUUGAACGGCGGCGCGCAGGUCUAUCUCUCCCACAUUUUUGGCGAGUGGGCAGGCUUCCUGUUUACGUGGUGCGCUGUGGUUGUGCUGAAGCCUGGUUCUGCGGCCAUUAUCGCCAUCAUCUUUGGCGAGUACGUUGUGAGCGCAGUCGCAGGAGUUGAGGCCGUCGAGAGUAGCACAUGGAUCAACAAGGGCAUCGCUCUUGCGGGGUUGGUCUUGGUUACGCUGUUGAACUGCGUAUCCACCAAGUUGGGCACGAGGAGCGCCGAUGUCUUCAUGUUUCUGAAGUUCUUCGCUUUGACUGGCGUCACCGUCAUCGGCAUCGUUGUGGCUGCGACGGGCUUCUCCUAUAACGGCCCCGCCAACGACGACUGGAAGAAGCAGGGCUGGUUCGAGGGCACGAGCACCGACGUCAGCAACUGGGCAGUAGCCCUCUACGCCGGGUUGUGGGCAUUCGACGGCUGGGACAAUGUCAACUACGUGACCGCCGAGUUUAAGAAUCCCGCCCGCGACCUUCCCCGCGUAAUCCACACCUCUCUCCCCCUGGUAAUCCUCUGCUACGUCCUUGCCAACAUUGCCUACUUCCUUGUCCUCCCCACCUCCAUCAUCGAAUCCUCCAACACCGUCGCCGUCGCCUUCGGCCACCAAGUCUUCGGCCCCAUCGGCUCGCUCAUCCUCGCUCUCCUCGUCAGCGGAAGCUGUUUCGGCGCCCUCAACGCUACCACCUUCACAUCCGGCCGCCUCGUCUACGCUGCUGGCAAGGAGGGCUAUUUCCCCGCCAUCUUCGGCACCAUCGGUCUCGGCAAGUCGCACCGCGCGAUACGCUUGCACAGCAUCAAUGCGGGGACGAGCAAGAGCCGGAUACCGAGGAAGAUGGUGGACUGGUUCGCGGACGCAGAUGCGGGUUUCUUCUUCACGCCUAUCGCGGCCAUGGCGCUGAAUGCGCUGCUCACCGCGGUGUACAUCUUCAUCGGCAGCUUCGACACGCUGGUCACGUUCUACGGCGUAGCAGGAUACUCGUUCUACUUCCUGGCCGUCCUGGGCCUGAUCAUCCUCCGCGUCAAGGAGCCCGAGCUGGAGCGCCCGUACAAGACGUGGAUCACCACGCCCAUUAUCUUCUGCUGCGUUAGCCUGUUUUUGUUGAGUCGGGCGGUGUUCGCGGAGCCGGUGCAGACGCUGCUUGUCGUUGCGUUCAUGGUUGCGGGCCUGGUUAUUUGGUUCGCGUGGGUUGGGAGGAACAGAACGAAAGAACGGUCUAGAUUCAGGAAAGUCGGAGAGCAAGAUGACGAGAAGGUUGGGUGGAGGUUUUGGAGGCGGUGGAGAGCGUAGAUGAUGAGGAAGUGUGAUGUUGUAUGGUGGCGCGGGGUGUUGAUAGCGUACACGUUUUGAAUCUAAUGAUACAUCUGUAAAAGAC